CUUUUUCAACUUUUCUUGGAAGACGAUUUAGUUCAUAACUUAGACCGUGCAGUUAGACAGACUAAUAAUUUGCCCGAUAAACUGACAAAAGAACUAAAAGGGUUAACGUCAAAACGAACUUGAAUGACACUGAACGUUUCUAUAUUCUCUAGGCUACUUUAUAACCUCAAAAUAUUUCUAUUAAUCCUAAUACCUGCUUAGACACUCAUGUAACUGUAUAGUCCAAGAGCUAAAGUCAUAUUUAUCAACUAGAUGACGAAUCUGUCAAAACUUUUCAGACAAACGUCAAUCAUUUAUAGGUUAUGUAGUAGUUACAUCGAUCUGUGCUUUGUUUUUUGAUGCGAGGUAAACAAACAGUCGUGAUCACGGUUGUCAACCGUUCCAGAUUUAGAGUGAACUAGUGAUCAUAAUGGUGCAACAUUAGGUUAUUCAAAUCGAUAUAAAAAGGAGGAAGUACUUCAAUUUUUCGAGCACGUCUUCAUUUUGUAGCUAGCUGUAACACGUGAAUUUUUUAUCCCCUCAAAACUGCGUGAGGGACUUGUCAUAACGAGAAGUGAUUCGUAUUAAAAUUUUUUAUUAUUGGUUUGUUAUUCUUAGAAAAAUAAUUUAAUUACAAUCAUGGACGUGGAUACUUUUGAGUAAAUAGUUUUGAUAGUUUUUAAUGCAACGUUGACAGACCUUCCAAGAAAUACUUUCUGUAAAGAAUUUGCUAAGCCGGAAAACCCCAAUUUGAUUUUAGGAAUGCUCAGAUGCUGGUUUGCCAUUUUUUUGUGACAUAAAUUUUUCAUUUUAUUUUAAAAGAAAGCCGCAUCUGUUGUUGCUAAACUAACAUAGAUUAAUAAAAAAGAAUAAGACGGCGUGACAAGUGGCGUAUAUAAUUAAUUUUAAGGUUAGAAUGUAGGUAUAUAAGUUUGAUGUCCCUUUGUAUUAAUACUUUUAUAUAAUAAGGGCUUCCACAGUAGAAGCUCACUAUAUUGGACGACUGAAAUAACAUUAUCAACCACUGAGGUACCAUGGAAGAAGUUGAGAGUACCACCGAAAACAAACAUGUACUAUCCAACGAAGAAUUAGAAUCUGAUAAUACGGAAGCUAAGGGCGAUAUGAAAAAAUCAGCUAAAUACAAAAAAAGAGUUUCAAAUUACAAGUUUAUAAGAAAUUCUGGUGGUUUGGUCACCCUGUAUAUAACAUCAUGUGAAAAAGACAUAGAGACAAGUCUCUCCAUUGAUAAAUUGAAAGAUGCAAUACCAAAUUUGAAUCUAGACAGCACUAUUCAAACUAAUUAUGGAUUGGUAAUAAAUCUGUUGAACGAUACUUAUGUACAGAAAAUUUUACAGAUGGAUUUGGCAAAAAUAUUUGGACGUCCUGUACAGGCUGUCCCAUUAUUUUCGGGUCAUUACAAGAAGAUAGUAAGUUUCAAAGAAAUACCUUGGUGUAUUUGUCUAGAAGAAAUAGAAAAUUGUCUGAGAAAACAAGGUGUCAAUUAUGCCAAAUUAACCAGAGAAAAAUCCACAUUGUACGUUGAAGUAUUAGAUUUUCCUAAUUAUCAAAGGUUAAAGGAAGAAGGGAUUAAUUUCUACGAUUCGGUUGUGUUCCAAGCUUCAGACGACGCCGGUAUUAACGAAGAAAUACAUUAUAACAACGACAAUAUUAUUCAAUGUUACAAGUGUCAAGGUUUCUGGCACACCGCGAAUACAUGUAAACAAAAUAUCAGAUGUGUACGAUGUGGUGAAGAACAUCAAGUAGAAAAUUGUAAUCGGCCAAAAAGUAGCGCCAUCUGUUGUAAUUGCAAAGGACCACACCACGCCGCUUACAAAUUAUGCCCAGUCAGAGUAAAGCUACAAAAAUCGGUGCGAGUAUCUUUUACCCUAGACCAAUAACAAACGAAUUGAUCAGAACAUAUUGUGGAAGGCUUGUAUUCAAUCGAUUUUUCAAAUAAAUGUGUCAGUCUAUGAAAAAUAAAA